UCUCCAUUUUCUGCAAACAGUCUUGUAAAAUCAGGUGGCUUCUCCCCAAAAGAUGGGACCCAUUACCCAAUAAACCAUUCUAACCAAACAUCCCCACCAUCCAACGAAUCAGAAUCCACUGAACCUUGAAACUAUCCUGUAUCAGGAAUACGAUAUAAUUCCCUUUCGAAAGCAUGUAUAGAUGAUUCUGUAAGCCUCUGAUCUCCGUCUCUCAGCAAAGGCAGGCCGGACAAAAUUAGAACGUCUGCCUUUUACCGAGCAGAUAUUUUUCCCCUCGGAUUAUUAUAUCCAAAAAAAUGGCGAUUUCUUCUCUCUCGGCUUCAACGAUUCCUUCAUUGAAUACUCCCAACUCCACUUCUAAUUACUCCUCCAAAAUAUCUUCAUUUUCUUCUCUCCAGUUUCCAGUACAGCCUCAUCGACUCCAGUUUCGAAAGAGAUGGAUUACCUCUCCUUCCCGACCCCCAAUUUUGCCACUGGUUGCAGCAAAGAAGCAAACUUUUUCCACCUUAGAUGAGUUGCUAGAAAAGUCUGACAAACCUGUUUUGGUUGACUUUUAUGCAACCUGGUGUGGUCCCUGUCAAUUUAUGGCUCCAAUUCUAAAUGAAGUCAGUGCUGUCCUGGAAGACACGAUCCAGGUGGUGAAAAUCGACACCGAGAAAUAUCCUAGCAUUGCUGAUAAAUACAGAAUAGAGGCCUUGCCUACUUUUAUCAUAUUCAAGGAUGGAAAGCCUUAUGAUCGUUUUGAGGGUGCUUUGACUAAAGAUCAGCUCAUCCAACGCAUUGAAAAUUCACUGAAUGUCGAGCAAUAGCAACGCCCGGCUUGUUUGUAUCCAUUUUAUUUUAUUUCCAUAAUAUAUAUACAGAUCAUGAAAUUGCAGUCGAAUUGUUCUCACUCUCGUGCUCAUUUAUGUUAUUUGGCUCGCAGUUCCAGAUCGUUACACUAUGAAGCUAGUAUGUUUGGAUUCUUUACGGCUGAUCACCUUCCCCAUCCCAUCGCCCCCUUCUUUUCUUUUUUGCCUUUUUAAUCUCCCCAUGUUUGAAAUUCGUGAACGUAGAAAUAGUGACAGAAAUUGUUUAGGUUAGGUUCCUGAAUGUGGUGAUCAUGUCAAAUUGUGAUGGCAUAUUGUUUUAACUUCGGAAAUUUUGCUAAUGAUUUGCAUCUGUUUUGUAA